GGAUGAUUUCGUGCGAAUUUCCUUUUCUUACUGUUGAUAAGUCUAUUAUCAGAUCGCGGAGUUCAUUGUUUCAACUAAGAAGAUUUAUCUUAUCAAGGGUUCAGAGAGAGGUAAGCUAACCCACGAUUAUUACACUUUCAGGAAUUCUCGCCAAUCCGGUUUACGGUGAAAGAAUUUUUUCCUUUAUCAGGUUUACUUUCAUACGUUAGUCCCAGUCGGCUGGGUUUCGAUAGUAGCCUGCACGUACUGUCUCCUCCCCCCUUCCCCUCCGCCCUUUAUUGCGUGGGGCGAAUUGUGUAAAUGAAGUCGGCUAGUAGUAAUUUUCAAAUCGGAAGGAAUACACGUAAUGACAAACAAUAUCCUACUUUUUAUCAUCAUUAAUAAUUUCUUGUUUUUGGUUUGCUUUUUGAAAAUAUCCAUGAUCGCAAACGCGCUGUACCAAAAUGGCACACGUGACAUAGCUUGAGCUAGACAUGCAUAUAUAAGGAGCAGUGUCUAAACAGUUGACGACUUGUUGUUUGGAUUUGACCACGAGUGAUAUUCUUGAAGAGUAAAUCAUUUUGAAGGAGCAGACAUGAGCAUCUUAGUCACAGCGCUAAGAUCAGGCAAUUUAGAAGUCGUGAAAGAGAAAUUCUCUCGACCCGUGAGUAAAAUGAUUUGUUUCGUUUUGGAUUUUCUGUUUCAUUCUGAGGUUUGACACCUUAUCUUUGAAACACGAUUUGAAGAGCCGAAAUAACAGAGAUAAAAGCUGUAACUGUCUAUAAUCUGAAGAUUUGAGUGUUUUGGAACAGUGUACGUCUUGCUGUGAACAAAUUGUGCUAAAUGUGAUAUCCUAGUUAACUUAAUCUUUUUGAUAACUUUUCACCAAGCAAUUGGUAUGUCCACCGUAUUAGAAUGCAUCGAAGGCGUCGUUGUCAAUCCAUAAUCACCCACCUACAGGAUUAAGAAUAUCUUAUUGCUGGCCAUGAUAGUCAGUCUUGCCUCUUUCUUCUUUCAGGGAAGUCAGGUAAACACGCCAAUUCAACAUGGACGCAGUCCUCUUCACAUUGCCGUACAAGCUCAAAAGCUGGACGUUAUGAAGUAUCUUGUAUCGAAAGGAGCGGAUGUCAACGUAAGUUAUUUACUCGAGCUCAUUUACGAAGCUUCAAAGAGACUGAUUUUAAAAUAAUGGUAACCUCUUCAGGUGCUGUCUACCAUGACGCGGUCUUUUUGCCAAUUGAACUAAUGAAUGAACUGAUUCAGUAAUGAUAACUUAACGAGUCGCCCUUCUUCAAAAUCAUAGUAAUACCUGGAUUGAAUGAAAACAUCCCAGAGACGACAAAAACAACACUGUUAUUGAUCUUCAAGGGUGCCACAACCACGAAUUUGACAGCUUAAAGUCCUUCGAUAAUUUUCAUUUUAUUCAACGAAAGACCUUUCGACCUUUGAAAUGAAGCCCCAUUGUUUCAAUUUGAAUACAAAUCUAUUAGGGUGACCAACUAAAUCAACUGAAAAAGGAAAAACAAAAAUGGUUCAUAUCAGUGAUUGAUUUAAACGAUCGCCUAAUGCCGGAGAUAAAGUCAAUGUCAUCGUGUGUGUGGACUAAAAUACGUUCUUUCAUUGAGUGACGUCAUAUUAUUGUUCAAGUGAAGCUCCCUGUUUAUUGACAUAUUUAAUCCAGAGGCAACCUUUCUUAGCAGUGAAGAGUCAAUGAUGGAUAAAUAAUUUUUUUUGUGAAUAACUUUAACCUUAAGUCUUUCUAGAUGUAUAAUUCCAAUAUGUAGCCACAUUCCUGCGUUGCACCCUAAUUUCUAGAAAGGCGUGAAACUAUUGAUCUUUUACAUAACAUCACGAACACCGGAAAAUUUCACACGAACCAAGUUACUUUACUUCAAAAUGUACGUGACUGAAAUCUUUUAAAGUUUUCUCACGCAAGAGCGUGGAGUUAGCUUUUUUUUCAAAUGGAAAUAGAAGUGCUUCGAGGAAAUUUCAGGUUCAAAGCUUUAUCCAGUCGGAGUACGCUGUUGAUAAUUUACUGUCCGAGAUAUAGAAAUCAUAAUGAAAUGAAAACGUGAAGUUCAAGUAACGAGUAAUGUUUAGAGGAUACGGAGAGAAUAAAGAUCAUAGCAAAUGAAAUGGGAGAUUUAUGGGAAGUGUAACAUGUCCGCAGAAUUAUAUUAGAUUAUCUUAAGGAAACGAAAAAUUUAAUAACGGAAAAAACUUAAAUAACGAAUUAGUUCCCCCUACAUUCGGCCUCUUACAAUUUACACCUUAAUAUAAGCAGGGGCGAUUUCCUGAGUGUGUAUUGGAGAAUACAUGGAUGAAUUUCGUACCUCGAAUUUCAAACAUGAAGAAAAUUUCAAAUGCUAGAAUGUGCUUCUGCAAGAAAGAUUCCGUAAAUAAGAUUUUUUUCAACGGAUUAAAAUUUGUAAAGUCGAAAAUAUGAAUACUAUGACGGCAUCAGUUCUUUGCUCUCUUCUCCUCGCAUGGAUCUACUACAUCUCAGAUUAGUUUUGGGGUAUUGAAGUGGAAAAGACCUAGUUUCCUUUCCUAUUUAUAUUAGAUUCAGUCAAAUGUAUGUGCAUGAGUGGAGAAAUAAGUAACUUAAUAAGAGCUUUAACAGCUUUAUAUCCUUAUAUAUGCAAUACACAUCUUGCUAAAAAUAUUUAGAUUUUUUUUCUUCCCCAGUUAGCUGACGAGGAUGAGUGUUCUCCAUUGUACUACGCAGUUAUGAAUGAGAACAGCAAUCUUGUGGAGUAUUUGCUGCAAAUGGUAAUGAGAAAGCGUAGCUGAAAGAGAGAAUCCUCUCACUGUUUUGUUUAAAUCUUAGCCAACUUCCCUGGAAAAUGUUGUCACAUUGUCCGGAGUGACAAAUCGAUAGGACUGAAUGGGGAUGCUGAAUUUCUGGCAAUUAUGAAGGAUCAAAAAGGAUAUGUUCCGUGUUUGGAUUCAUUACGAUUUUAAAGUGUCUUUUCAAAAGACAUUUGGCGUUUUUCUCACUGGAAACUGUUUUCGUAUGUUUUCAUCCAAUAACAUGUAGGUGCACAGUGGAGGGGGUAUAAUGUACUUUGAAUCAAGAUUCACAAGGAAGAACGUUUGCUGAGCCACCUGAUUGAGCACAUUAGGGCCUGUGAUUGCUGAGCUACAUCAGCUCAUCUAAUUAGCUCAUGCUAAGCAGGGCUUGCCAAAAGCAUCGCCAUUUAGCUAUAUUUUAGAGAUUAACAAUUUCUGGUUAUAUAUCUGGCUUUUUUCUUUUUUUUUUUAAUUCAACUUAAAUUCUAUUUAAGGAACUCACCGACCUUUUCCAGUGUUAGCAGGGAAGAAAUAAUCGUCCGUAACUUUAAUUCAGCAACCAUUUGUUAAAACCGGAAUGGUUUUAACUACCUAAUACGAAAAAGACCCAUUUCAGAUGAAUAACCUUUACUACUUGUAUGAAGAGCUAACAUUGUAAUUGGUCACUUUCUUAGGGUAAACGAGAGUCCGCAGUCAGAAACUGUCUUACCGUCUAGCGGUCUUUGUACAGUUAAUAACGCUUGACGCUGGUGCUCUAAGUAUCUUUGGUUCAAAAAUUUAACUCAAUUUCACUGAAAUUGUGAUAAUCCAUGGCGCACUUUGUUCCACUGAAUAUCCAUUCCAAAAGUUGACUUCCUACUUUGAAAUUUUCAGGGUGCAGAUCCCGAUAGAGAAGACCCAGAUGGGAAAAAAUUGAUGGACACUGCGAAAGACGAGAAGAUAAAAACCAUGUUGAAGAAUGCUUAAACUUUUG